AUGAACCCUUGAUUUUUUACAGGGUUUUCGGAUGCAGAGGGUUCAUUCUCUAUUUUAGUUCAGCAUAAUAUUAAAUAUAAUACCAAUUGGAGGGUUAAAGCUAUUUUCGCUAUAGGGCUGCACAAAAAAGACAAAUCUAUAUUGGAAAAAAUCCAACUUAUGUUAGGUGUAGGUAAAAUACAUAAACAUGGUAAAGAUUCCGUUCAAUAUAGAGUAGACUCUAUUAAAGAAUUACAGAUUGUCUUAAACCAUUUUGAUAAGUACCCACUUAUGUCUGCCAAAUUAGCUGAUUAUAUUUUAUUUAAAAAAGCUUUUAAUAUAAUGAAGGCUGGAGAACAUUUAGGUAAAGAAGGUUUAUUAAAAAUAAUCGGAAUAAAGGCCUCUCUUAAUUUAGGUUUAUCACCUAGUUUAAAAGAAAGUUUUCCAAACUUUGUCUUGGUUAAUAGACCAGAGUAUUCUUUUAAAGAUAUUCUUGAGCCUGAGUGAGUAGCAGGAUUCAUAAGUGGAGAUGGUAGUUUUAAUAUAAAAACCAGUAGUUCUAUAAGCAGUAAAUUAAGCAGCAGAGUACAAUUAAGAUUAGGAGUAGGUUUAAACCUUAGAGAUAAGGAACUUAUCCGAGGUCUGAUUGUUUUCUUUAAUUUAGAACAAGGUAAACAUAUGCAUAUUUCAAACGAUUCUGUACAUCUUGAAAUUUCAAAGUUCACAGACAUUGUAAAUAUAAUAAUACCAUUUUUUGAUAAGUACCCUAUACAAGGUAUAAAAAGCUUAGAUUUUGCGGAUUUCAAGAAAGUGGCAUCAAUUGUGGAAGAUAAAGGGCAUUUGACCCUAAACGGUUAUAAUAAUAUUAUGAGUAUUAAAGGGGGAAUGAAUAAAAACAGAUUAUAG